GCCAUAAAGAAAAUAAGUGUGCAAGGAGUGAGGAGGAAGAUACUAACCAUGAAUGAAAUCAGGAUCAUGGAGAGUAAUAGGAGUCCCAGGGUCGUGAAUUACUUAGCCAGCUACCUUGUGCAUGAGGAACUCUGGCUGGUGAUGGAGUACAUGGACGGAGGCACUCUGAGAGAUCUCAUCGACGAGGCUCAAAUGUCUGAAGAAGAGAUUGCAGCUGUCAGUCGGGAGUGCCUGCAAGGACUGGAUUUUCUUCACUCCAACCACGUGAUCCAUCGAGAUGUGAAGAGCAACAACAUCCUUCUCAGAACCGACGGCUCUGUCAAGCUGGCUGAUUUUGGCCUUUCUGUUCAGCUCACCCCUGAGAAAAAUCAACGGUGCUCAGUGAUCGGGACUCCUUGGUGGAUGGCACCUGAAGUGGUGAAGCGUCAACCAUACGGCCCCAAAGUGGACGUGUGGUCUUUUGGAAUUGUGGCAAUUGAAAUGGCCGAACAAAAAACUCCUUAUGACAGUUUCACUGCUCGAUCGGCUAAAUACCACAUAGCCACAAAAGGGACCCCACAGCUGCGGCAGCCCGACCAAUUCUCACCUUUGCUGCGUGACUUCCUGAGCUGCUGCCUGCAGAAAGGCGAGGCGCAGCGCUGGUCUGCCAAGGAGCUGCUGCAGCAUCAAUUUAUAACAUCGGCCAUGCCUGGGUCCAGCCUGGCACCACUCAUCAUGGCAGUGAAGAAGUGGAAGGAGGAGAUAUGAAUGCGCCAAUCAAUUUCAAACUGUUUUUUCCAUGCUCAACUUAGAGUAGGAUUGUAGAGUAGGAUUGUAGAGUAGGACUGCAGUGUAGGA